GUGACGACGCCGAGCCGAGGGCCCACCCCUUGGGAUUCCUUUGCUCCACGUCUCCUCCUUAAACAAACCACAGUAACACGAUAAUUUUCCAACUCCUUACCCGACGCGGGAUCUAGAGAGGGCUCUAGGAGCCCCUAUUGACUUCUGGCUUCUUAAUUGGGGGCCAGUGCACCCUGUGGUUAGUGGGUGUCUUUCCCAAGCAAAUUUUGUCUAUCUAGGUAAGGGAAUGGCUGGCGGGCCAACAAGGGGAAGUAUGGACAAAAGAAAGCUCAUUGGGGAGGUGUUGAUGAGCGCAACACUGCCGAGCGGUUGAGUGGAGGUAUUACUACCUAUGUGUGCAGAUUCUAUUGAAGUACACGUCCGCGAUUCGACAGAACACCUUGAACUGCGAGCCGAGAAAGCGACCGAUAGACUUCGAUGCAUCGGGUGCGAGCCGAGCUCGAAAGCCUAGAGGGACCUUUCGGCAGUAGAACAAGUGUGUUGGAGUCUUCUCGUGGCCGCAUGGGCACUCCAGUGUAGCGUCGUCGUGAUGGAAGCGCUGAUGGUACGCGGCGAAGUCGCCGUGGUGAGACCGUGCAGCGAGGAGAUGUCGGAGUUGUCGUCGGGGGAUAUCGAGUUCUGGGAGACAAGUACUGUAGCGUACUAAGGCCGUGAGGGUCUCGGGUAGCUCUCGACCAGGGAUCCAUGUAAGUCAUAUAAGAGGCUACUCCAGCCAGCUAGAAUAGCCCCUUUUCGACCUCGUCUUCUUCAUCUUCGGAUACUCGUAGUAGUCGCUCAGCUAGUUGUCAAUAUACUCAGUUGAGACUAACGAUCAACUCGAUCAGUGAUCGCUUCGAUCAUGGGUGUCACGUGAUCCGACUGUGCUGCCUUCUUAGGUUAUAACGGAGGGGCGGCCCAUCGACGAGGCCCCUCGUCCCUGAUUGACCUGUAACAAUGGUGUUGGUAUGCCUGGGAUGGGUUGGUCGCUCGACAUUUUACGACAAGCUUUUUGCAGGCAGACGGCUGUUAUCGACUUGUAUGUGCAAGAACUAGACUAUAAAUACUCAUUCAUUAAUUUACAUAGUCUUAUUCAGGUUAUACUGUUGAUUUUUAAGGACGUAGCCGCACAGUUAUGUAUAGUAAAAGAGAGAGAUGAGACGAUGCUUCUGUGUAUAGGUAAAUAUAGUAGUUGGUCGACUGAGGUAGUUUAGUAUAAAGUAAAGAACUCCAUUCGGUAUAGAUAAUAGCUUAGCCUUGAUGGUACGGGCCGUCAUAUUCUGAGGGCGACAAUUCUUGGCUGCCAUCCACGCCGUCAAUCCAUCCACGCGCCUCGCAUAUGCAGUUGAUACUCAAGUUAUUUGCACCAUUAAUGUACCAGUGUUCAUUUUUUUUUUUUUGCUUUCCAAUAGUUAGCAUAUAGAUCUUUGUUUUCAUAAAGACAGCGAAGUGGCGUAUUCCCCAGAUCGCAGGUGGUUGUGCAAUAUGCCUAUGAUAGCGCUGGUGGUAGUUAUCGAUAGCGGCACGACAAACACCAGCACCCGCUGUUGUCGCCGAAGCUUCCCAAUUCCAACCCUUCACAUCUGAUUGCACACGACAUCGGCGCACGGCGGCAUCGAGCUCAAAACCCGUCGCAAUGUCUGCCAUUUACAAUUUAGAGCCGCAGCCGACGGCAUCGGCAAUCAUACACACGACAUUAGGCGAGAUCAUGGUGGAGCUUUUUGCUAAGCAGACGCCGCUCACCUGUCGCAACUUUUUGCAGCUCAGUCUCGACGGCUACUACGACGGCACCGUCUUCCACCGCCUCGUCCCCAACUUUAUUCUGCAGGGAGGCGAUCCGACAGGCACAGGAAACGGCGGCGAAUCUAUAUACGAUGGUGGCGCCUUCAGUGGCGAUCUCGACCCGUGGCCCAUGGACCUGCGAACAGGCCAAAACGCCGGUCCCACGGGCAUCAACUUUGCCGACGAAUUCCAUUCACGAUUGAAGUUCAAUCGCCGAGGUCUCUUGGCCAUGGCAAACGAGAGUAAACCGAAUACCAAUGGCAGCCAGUUCUUCUUUACGCUGGACAAGACGGAGGAGCUGACGGGUCGCAACACGUUAUUUGGCCGCGUCGCUGGCGACACCAUCUACAACCUGGCCAAGAUUGGAGAAUCCGAGGUUGCAGAGGGUACAGAGCGGCCACUCUACGCUGUGAAAAUCGAGAGAAUCGAAAUUCUGGUCAACCCGUUUGAAGACAUGAAGAAGCGAACGCGAACAGCAACACAUACAACUACGAAACCGGCCGAGAAGGAAAAGAAGAAGAAGCGCAAAGCAGGCGGCAAACAAUUACUAAGCUUUGGAGACGAUGAAGGAGAAGAGCAGGAAAUUUCAUUACCUAAAAAGCCCAAGUUUGAUACUAGGCUUAUUGCCGAUGAAGAGCCAGAGGAACCAGUAACGAAACCCAAGUCAUCGAAACCAAAAGCAAAGUCGAAAAAGAUUACAAUAGAAAGAGAUGAUGAGAAUGGCGCUGAGCCAAUAAAGGCGUCAGAGGCUGUAGAACAAAGGAAACCCACAGCUGCCCGCCAUGACGAUGACGACGACGACAUGGACGAUGUCCCAGAGCCACCCAAGAAGACAGCAUUGGAGCUUGCCAAUGAAGAAAUGGCUGCUAUUAAAGCGUCAAUGAGACGAGAAGUCCACCCUGGAGCAGAUGUCGUCGAAAAGAAGAAGUCGGCGUUAGAAAACAUGAUCCCAGAAACCUCAGUGCGAGGCGCAAGAAAGCGACGACCCGGUGGCAACACUGCAACAGCAGCCAAUGAUGCCAGCACGCUCAAGUUCUUGGCGCAAUUCCAGUCCAAGCUGGGCAAGGCUGUACCUGAGAAAGAAACAGCAGAGCUUCUGGACAAGUCAGAACAAGGCGCGUCGGACCAAAAGGCAGCAGAUGACGAAGAAGCGGAGCAGUGCGAUUUGCACUUUAUUGUUGGCUGCCAAAGUUGCACAUCAUGGGACAAGCAGGAAAAAGAAGAGAGCGAUGACGAGGGCUGGAUGGGCCAUAAGCUAUCCUUUGCUGCCGACAGGCUCGGCAAGGACCUGAACAAUCGCAGAAAGGCGGAGGAGGAGCUCGUCGUUAUCGACCCGAGAGCCAAGGAACGCUCGUUUAAAGACAAGCGUGCCGGGCGAGACGGCCGGUCAGGAGACUCGGGAGGCAGAGCGUGGGAUCAGCGACGGGAUAUGGCGCGGAAUGCGCAAAUGGCCAAGUCGGCGUCGCUUGCUGGCCGUGGUGCAAAGUAGGUAACAGUUGCACUAUAUAAUAAAACAUAUUACACAAUGAAGAGAACACUAUACUGUCCAAGUCGAAAUAGUUUAUCAUUUUUGAG